AUGCGCCUCCUCAGUCUCGCCCUGCCAGUCCUGCUGAGGCUGGGCCUCGCUCGCGCAACCUUUACCCUAAGCGAGGUCGAAGAUCAGAUCUCGUCAUAUCUCGACCAGAACGAGACGAUCGCGGAGAGGUCUCUGCCACAGAUCGGCUGCGCGGUCGCUUGUGGCUUCCUCGCGUUCACGCUGCCAAAGAGGCUCUCAUAUCCUGACACCCCAGACUAUGAGUUCGAGGAGUCGAGGUACUGGUCGCAGCAGCAGGCGCUCACCAGACCGUCUUGCCGCUUCUCUCCUGCCUCGGCAGAAGAGGUCUCUCUCGCCGUCCUGACCUUGCGCCUCACGCAGUGCAAGUUUGCGGUCAAGAGCGGCGGCCAUGCUGCCUUCUCCGGCGCCUCCAACAUCAAGGAUGGUCUGACCAUUGAUCUGAUCAAUCUCAACAAGAUCAGCCUCUCGGCCGACCAAAAGCAGACUUCGGUGGGCGCCGGCAAUGUCUGGUAUGAUGUGUUCACCUACCUCACGCCCAAGGGCCUGACGGUCAUUGGAGGAAGAGUCUCAGCCAUUGGCGUUGGGGGCUUGACCCUGGGCGGAGGUAUCUCCUUCUUUUCCGCCCGGUAUGGAUGGGCAUGCGACAACGUCAACAACUACCAGGUCGUGCUGGCGGAUGGAUCCAUUCGCGACGUCAGCUACAAGUCCUCGUACUCCGACCUGUACUGGGCGCUUCGUGGAGGCGGCAACAACUUUGGCAUCGUCACGCGCUUCGACCUUGCGACCUAUCCCCAGGGCGACCUCUGGGCGGGUGCUAAGACGUUCCUCUACACGAAGGAGACGGCUGCCGCCGUGGACAAUGCGUUCUACUACCUCGGCAUCAACGGCCCGUCUGACCCCUACGCGCAGACAAUCGUCGCGUACGCUUAUGCCCAAACGCAGGGCGUCUUUGUCAUUGCCACGGAUCUCCAAUACGGCAAGCCUGUUGCCAACCCGCCCAUCUUCCAAAACUUCACGUCGAUCCCUGGCGCCAUCGCCGACACGAUGCGCAUCACUGAUCUUCCUGGCCUGACAAUCGAGUUCAACAACACCAACCCGGGCGGCUUCCGACAGUCGUACUGGACCUACACUGUCGGCAAUGACCCCGACCUGAUGGCCGAGAUGGUCGCCGCCUACAUGGAUGAGGUCAACAAGGUCAAGGACGCCCCAGGACUCGUUCCUUCGGCCGUCUAUCAGCCCAUCACCACGAGCAUGACGUCUCAAUUCUCGAAGAAUGGCGGAAACCCGCUUGGCCUCGCUGGCCAGGGUCCUCUGAACGUGGUGAACAUUGCCAUCUCCUGGUCCAACGCCGCCGAUGAUGCUCGCAUCCUCGCUGCCGGACAGAACAUGGUUGACCGAGCUGUCGCCGCGGCGAAGGCUCGGGGCCUGGACCAUCCAUUCCUGUACCAGAACUACGCCUCGCAGCAACAGAAUGUCUUUCCCUCAUACGGGAGCGACAACCUCGCCAGGUUGAGAUCCAUUAGCGCCAAGUACGACCCUACCAAGGUGUGGCAGAAGCUGCAACCGGGAUACUUUAAGCUCGGCUAG